AGCCUUAUAUGAUCAGGCCUGGGCUCGCAAACUAGUAGUUCUUGUCUCACUGUCAAAACGGAUCUUGGAACAGUGAAUCCUAUUAUAGGGUACAUUUCGCGGACCGCUACACCAACUCGUCGUAUAGGAAAUAUGUCUUCUUCAAACUCUGACCAUCGGCUAGACCACCUUUUGAGCGCCGUGGAGAGUGAGUUCCAAAAGGGGAGCGAGAAAGGAGACGCCUCUGAGAGGGAUAUUAAACUGGGACUUGAAGACGCGGAAUUAUGGACAAAGUUUAAAGAACUAACCAACGAAAUGAUUGUCACCAAGACUGGAAGGCGAAUGUUUCCAGUGCUCAGAGCAAAUGUGAGCGGCUUGGACCCCAAUGCCAUGUACUCAGUCUUAUUGGAUUUUGUGGCUGCUGACAAUAACCGAUGGAAGUACGUGAACGGCGAGUGGGUUCCCGGGGGCAAGCCCGAGCCACAGAGCCCUAGCUGCGUCUACAUCCAUCCCGAUUCGCCUAACUUUGGAGCCCAUUGGAUGAAAGCCCCAGUGUCGUUCAGCAAAGUUAAACUGUCCAAUAAACUAAACGGGGGAGGACAGAUCAUGCUGAACUCCCUGCACAAGUAUGAGCCCAGGAUACACAUAGUGAAGGUUGGAGGCAUCCAGAAAAUGAUCAGUAGCCAGUCUUUCCCCGAGACCCAGUUCAUCGCUGUCACUGCUUACCAGAACGAAGAGAUAACUGCACUGAAGAUCAAACACAAUCCAUUUGCUAAAGCCUUCCUUGAUGCCAAAGAAAGGAGCGACCAUAAAGACAUCCCAGACCAUGGUGGAGACAGUCAACAGUCUGGUUAUUCUCAGUUGGGUGGUUGGUUCCUACCUAGCAAUGGCCCCAUCUGCCCCAGCAGCAGCCCCCCACAGUUCAGUGGGGCCCCAGGCCACACCUCAGGGUCAUACUGUGAGAGAUACUCCAGUCUGAGGGGCCACAGGGCUGCCCCCUACCCCAGCCACUAUGCGCACCGCUCCUCUGGCUCCAACAACUACAUGGACAACUCGUCUGGAGCCCUGCCCACCCACGACAGCUGGUCAGCCUUGCAGAUCCCUAACUCGUCUGGCAUGGGGACCCUGGCUCACACCACCAACUCCACAUCCAACUCCAGCCAGUAUCCCAGCCUGUGGUCUGUUGCCGGUACAACUCUUACCCCUUCUGGCUCCGCCUCUGGUUCCAUCGCGGGCGGCCUGACCAGCCAGUUCCUGCGUGGCUCCUCCUACACGGGCCUGACCUCCUCCCUGCCUGUCUCCUCGCCCUCCUCCAUGUAUGACCCCAGCCUUGGUGAGGUGGGUGUAGGUGUGGGCGAGGCCCAGUUUGAGAGCUCCAUCGCCAGGCUCACUGCCUCCUGGGCGCCUGUGGCUCAGAGCUACUGAUUUAUCUUCCGUCUGCCUUGGACUCUCGUCAAUGACCACCCUUCUCCAUGUCAGCUCCUGUCUACUGACUGCCAGACCUGAAAGCGCUGAGUUGAAGCAGCACAAGUGGACAGCAAAGCCUGUGAAAUGCAGAGAGCCACCUCAGAAGACGAUGCAGAGAGAUGUUUUCUCACAUCUGUUUUUACAACACGCUUGGCUUUCAUUCCAAAGACCAUCAGUUGGCUAAACCAAAGUCAUUUGGAUGCCUGUUCUAAAGUUACACACUCGCUGUCUCAUUGGAAGAUGCCCUAUUUGGUUCAAUUGGGAGUCUCCGUAAAUUUCUCCAAGAUGCCGUAAAGCUAAAGACCAUCUGAUUAUACAUCCUCCUCAGUUGUCACUGUAUUUGUGUUCUUGAUUAGACCCAGUACUCCUAGACAAUCAUACGCUGGCGUAAGACAAUCGCAUAUCUACCCAAAUCUACGUUGAUGAAGAAACCCCUGACAAUUUCACUAAAAGGGCCAAUUCUUACGUUUGACGGUUUAUCGUUACAGUUAGUGCUGUUAUUGUUUUAAUAAAAAAAAAAAAAAAAAAAAAGAUUAAAUAAUCUGUCGAUCUAACAUAAAAAAAAUGUAUAUGUGUGUAUAUAAAAUAAAUUAACGUCCAUUUUCAUUGUCGCCGUUUAAAUGUAACUGUUUAGCAUCCAGUGUCAGAGUGUUGCUUCCUGGAGGAAUACAAAGAGGUGCCUUGUGUUCUCCCAUAGCAGACCAGGAGAAAGCACUGCAUGUCCCAGAGAUGUCUCCUCGGCUCUGUUUACAUUCCCUCCCUGGCAAUCAUAUGUACAUAUCUAUCUAUUUUAUUUGUGUUUGUUGGUCAUUGGGAGUUUAUG